AAAAAAAAGCUCAAUUCGUUUAACCUCUCAUCGCCACCACUUAUCUCUUAAAUAUAUACUCUUAUGGCGUCGGCUGUGUUUCUGCUUGACCUGAAGGGAAAGCCGCUGAUUGCGCGGGAUUACCGCGGCGACAUCCCAUUGACAGCCAUUGACCGGUUCAUGCCACUGCUACAGGAGCGCGAAGAUGAGGACGGCACGGGCUUGCCGGUAAUGACAGAGAACGGAGUAACCUACCUGCACCUUCGGGAAAAGGAUGUUUACAUGGUUGCCCUGACGCGCAAGAACACAAACGCCAUGACACUCUUACAGUUCCUGCACCACCUGUCCAAGGUGUUCACAGAGUACUUCAAGACCCUGGAGGAGGAGUCUAUCAGGGACAACUUUGUCAUUAUCUAUGAGCUUCUGGACGAAAUGAUGGACUACGGGAUACCACAGAUAACAGAACCAAAGAUUCUGCAGGAGUACAUUACCCAGGAGAGCCACAUGCUGGAGAUAACACCGCGGCCGCCUAUGGCGGUGACCAACGCAGUGUCGUGGCGAUCGGAGGGCAUAACAUACCGCAAGAAUGAGGUGUUCCUGGAUGUUGUCGAGUCGAUAAACAUGCUGGUUAACCCGACUGGAAACGUGCUCAGCAGCGAGAUCCAGGGCGCGAUCAAAAUGAAAAUUUAUCUCAGCGGCAUGCCCGAGCUACGCCUCGGCUUGAACGACAAGGUGAUGUUUGAGAGCACCGGCCGCAGCGCCAAGGGCAAAGCAGUUGAAAUGGAGGACAUUCGCUUCCACCAGUGCGUCAAGCUGAGCAAGUUUGAGAGCGACCGGACCAUCUCGUUUAUCCCGCCCGACGGCGAGUUCGAGCUAAUGACUUAUAGACUGAACACACAGCUCAAGCCGCUCAUCUGGUGCGAGUCAGUUGUGGAGAGUCACCGCGGGAGAAUCGAGUUUAUGGUUAAGGCCAAGGCGCAGUUUAAGCACAGAUCGACGGCGAACAACGUGGAGAUUAUUGUCCCUGUCCCGAGCGACGCUGACUCGCCCAAGUUUAAGACUACCAUGGGCUCGGUCAAAUAUUCGCCUGAGAAGUCUGCGUUUGUGUGGAAGAUGAAGCAGUUCCAGGGCGGCAAGGAGGCCCUGCUCAGGGCGCAUUUUGGCCUGCCCAGCAUUCGCGACGAGGAUCCCGAGAGGCGCCCGCCGAUCUCUGUCAAGUUUGACAUUCCGUAUUUUACUACCUCGGGCAUCCAGGUUCGCUACCUCAAGAUUGUCGACAAAUCCGGCUACCAGGCGCUACCGUGGGUUCGGUACAUCACGAAGAACGGCGAUUACCAGAUCAGAAUGCCCGAACCGAUGACUGGCGGGUCGCGUCUGCCGCCCAUCUAAACAAGCUGUUCUUUUUUACUUAAUGCUUACAACAGUGCACUAUUUUAAUUAUAUUAUUACAU